UUUUAAAUUGCUUUUAUUGCUAUUUUAUUGCUGUUUAAGCUUUGAGCUGGGUGAUUUAUUUGAGCAUUUCAGACCUCUGUGAACUGUAGCUUUUACUCCUCUGCCCGCGACACCCCACCUACCAUGGCGACAUCCGACCUUCCACCACAAAUCCUGAGCGUCGGGACUUAUACAUUCACAAUCUCUGAAGCCGGGGAGAGUGACAUCCCCGAAUUCUGUGAUGUCUUCGACAGUGCCUUCACUGGUAAUCUGCUCUUCAAUACCAUGAGCGGGACAGGUGACCGCGCUGCGCUGAGAGAAGAGAAUAUCGUGUUCUGGAAGAAGCAGGGGGUUAUAAGUGGGCGCAGACAUUUUAAGGUUGUUGAUGAGGGGACUGGCAAAAUCGCAGCUAUUUCCCAUUGGUGGUUCCCGCAUGUCUUGACGCCUGAAGAGGAGGCCGCAGCGGAGGAAGCCAAGAAAGCGCCAAAGCCAGAACCGAUUCAGGGGACUAAUAGUAAGGCACAGGAGGCGUUUAAGACGCAGCUGUUCGAGAUGCGGGACAAGUGGUUGAAGAAGGAUGAUAUGUAUUUGAUGAAUAUUCUUGCUGUCCUUCCCACGUACCAACGUCUCGGCCUCGGCGCGGCGCUACUGGCGCCUGUGCUAAGGCUCGCCGAUAGAGAGGGAAAGAAGACGUAUAUUGAGGCAUCGGAGGCGGGCGAGAAGCUAUAUCGACGACUUGGCUGGGUGGAGACGGGAGAUACAAUUAGUCUUGAUUUUACAGAGUUUGGAGCUGAGGGGAAGGUCGAUAUUCUGCUUAUGAUGAGGGAACCGGGAGCGGGGAUUACGCUGUGAAGAAUAGGGACGAAGCAACGACGGGAGGAUCUGUGACGGACUACGUGGAGACUGGGGGGCGUGAGUAAGUUGUAAUGUGGCUAUUUGCUUCUCAUAUUUGCUGUGAUGGGCGGUGUUGGAAUGCGAAGCCCAUACUAGGAUAAGUCCUCUUGUUAAUAUCUAACCUUUCAAAACGAAAUCAUUUUACUUCAGUCUUCCUGAGAGCCAGCCAGGUAAAUGUGCUACUUACGCUUUUCCGCCAAACACUCGUCAGUAACAACAAAUCUGAAGCGAUGCAUCUAUUUAACACUUACUCUCUCCUCAAUUGCUUCAGUAACCACUCCUUCUGUACCUGGGGCUGCGAACGCCAUUGCAGCAAAGAAAACAGAAACCAUAACAACAAAGUUAGGGAAAUGCAUAAUGAAGACG